GCUUCGGGGCAGAAGCCCGGAGACGCCGUCGUCGACUCUGCCACCGUUGGCCCUUCUCCUGCUGUCGACGGCCCCUCAUCCCCUUCCCCCGCUCGUGGCCCCAAGUCGGCCCUCCCGCCGAGCCCCGCUGGGCCCUGCGAGGCCCCCGGCGUUGGCAAGGCCGGCCCCGACGCCGUGCCGCCUUGCGCCUAGCCGGACUGUCUGGACUCGCGACUCAGUGCUGUCUUCUUUCCCAGGACUGGUUCCGAGGGGGCCGCAGGCACGCAGACUCGCCGCCCGCCGGAGCACUCCUGCCCGGCCCGGGAGCGGCCCCUUGUAGACGUUGGAGGAGCCUGUCGAGUGCCUUCCCGGCGCCCGACCGCCCACCGUUCGGCCGGCUGGCCCGCUUCUUCCUGAUGCAGACUGCCGUCCACUAGAGGCUGGACAGGACCCCCGAGGUGAUUCAUGGCAGGGGACGUGGAAGGAUUCUGUUCCUCCAUCCAUGACACCAGUGUCUCUGCUGGGUUCAGAGCACUGUAUGAGGAGGGAUUGCUUCUUGAUGUCACUCUGGUUAUUGAAGAUCAUCAGUUCCAGGCCCAUAAAGCACUCUUGGCCACCCAGAGUGAUUACUUCAGAAUCAUGUUUACUGCAGACAUGAGGGAACGAGAUCAGGACAAAAUUCAUUUGAAAGGUCUAACUGCUACUGGUUUCAGCCACGUCCUUCAAUUUAUGUACUAUGGAACUAUAGAACUGAGUAUGAAUACUGUUCAUGAAAUUCUUCAGGCUGCCAUGUAUGUGCAACUAAUAGAAGUGGUGAAGUUCUGCUGCUCUUUUCUCUUAGCCAAAAUCUGCUUAGAAAAUUGUGCAGAAAUAAUGAGACUCUUAGAUGAUUUUGGUGUAAACAUCGAGGGUGUCAGGGAGAAGCUGGACACCUUUCUGCUAGACAACUUUGUGCCACUCAUGUCCAGGCCUGACUUCUUGUCCUAUCUGAGCUUUGAGAAGCUCAUGUCUUAUUUGGAUAAUGAUCAUCUGAGCAGGUUCCCAGAGAUAGAGCUGUACGAGGCUGUGCAGUCUUGGCUGCGGCAUGAUAGAAGACGCUGGAGACAUACCGAUACCAUCAUUCAGAACAUCAGGUUUUGUUUGAUGACCCCAUCCAGUGUUUUUGAGAAGGUUAAAACAUCAGAAUUUUAUAGAUAUUCCCGACAGCUGCGCUAUGAAGUUGACCAAGCAUUGAAUUACUUUCAGAACGUUCACCAGCAGCCUUUGUUAGAUAUGAAAUCAAGCCGCAUUCGUUCUGCCAAACCACAAACUACAGUAUUCCGUGGAAUGAUUGGACAUAGCAUGGUUAACAGCAAAAUACUUCUCUUAAAGAAACCAAGAGUCUGGUGGGAACUCGAGGGCCCACAAGUACCUCUACGGCCAGACUGCCUUGCUAUCAUCAAUAACUUUGUUUUCUUGUUGGGUGGGGAAGAACUGGGCCCAGAUGGCGAAUUCCAUGCUUCUUCCAAAGUGUUCAGGUAUGACCCAAGACAAAACUCUUGGCUGCGGAUGGCAGACAUGUCUGUACCACGUUCAGAAUUUGCAGUUGGUGUUAUUGGGAAAUUCAUUUAUGCUGUAGCAGGCAGAACCAGAGAUGAGACUUUCUAUUCAACAGAGAGAUAUGACAUCACCAAUGAUAAGUGGGAAUUUGUGGAUCCUUAUCCAGUUAAUAAAUAUGGACAUGAGGGGACAGUGCUCAAUAACAAGUUGUUUAUCACUGGAGGCAUCACCUCAUCUUCCACUUCUAAGCAAGUGUGUGUGUUUGACCCCAGUAAAGAAGGGACCAUAGAACAGCGGACCAGGAGAACUCAAGUAGUUACCAACUGCUGGGAGAAUAAGAGCAAGAUGAAUUAUGCAAGAUGCUUUCAUAAGAUGAUUUCUUACAACGGCAAACUUUACGUCUUCGGUGGCGUCUGUGUGAUCUUGAGGGCCUCUUUUGAAUCUCAGGGCUGCCCUUCCACAGAAGUGUACAACCCAGAGACUGAUCAGUGGACCAUCUUGGCAUCCAUGCCAAUUGGUAGAAGUGGCCAUGGUGUGACUGUGUUAGACAAACAAAUAAUGGUUCUUGGAGGCCUUUGUUAUAAUGGUCAUUACAGUGAUUCCAUUCUUACUUUUGAUCCGGAUGAAAACAAAUGGAAGGAAGAUGAGUACCCCAGGAUGCCCUGCAAGCUCGAUGGUUUACAAGUAUGCAACCUGCAUUUUCCGGACUAUGUACUGGAUGAGGUCAGACGUUGCAACUAAUGACAUCUUUCUCCCUUUAAAAAAAAAAAAAAGCAAACAAAGCGUUUGUGAUAAAGUAGUUAAUUAAAAAGCAUAAAGAAAAA